AUUCUCCCCCACCCUUACAAUUAGUCCGUUCGUUCUCUGAAGCCAGUGAUGUGUUGACUGGUUUGCUCUCGCUUCAUGUUUCUGGCUGGCGCGCGGAGGAAGGGAGGUGGAGCUGCACGUGAUCAGCAACCGCGGUCCCGGUUGGCAAUCAAGCGAACAGAGCGGUUGGUUCCGGCUUGGACCAGUUGGGGCUGGUUUUCUCCGCGCAAGCGCAGCCUAUCCCGGUUAGAGUGCGGGGAAGGGCGAUGGCGGCGGACGGUAGUCCUGGAGCAGAUCUGGCCGGGAUGGUCGCUGAGACGCGGGGGGAAUCUCAGAGCGCAUCCGGUCCUAGUUCUACGACCGUUUCCUCACCUCGAAGUGAGUCGCCCCCUACAAGACCGGACCCCUCGGGCCCAGAAACGGUUCCCGAGAGUGGCGCCGGAGCUGUGGGCAGUGGGGGAGCACGGCGAUUCCUCUGCGGCGUUGUGGAAGGUUUUUAUGGAAGACCCUGGGUUAUGGAACAGAGGAAGGAGCUGUUUAGAAGACUUCAGAAAUGGGGACUAAAUACUUACUUAUACGCUCCAAAAGAUGACUACAAGCACCGUAUGUUUUGGCGAGAAAUGUACUCUGUAGAGGAAGCUGAACAACUCAUGACUCUGAUUGCAGCAGCUCAAGAAUAUGAGAUAGAAUUUAUUUAUGCCAUUUCCCCUGGACUUGAUAUUACUUUCUCAAACCCCAAAGAAGUAUCUACAUUGAAACGCAAGCUGGAUCAGGUUUCUCAGUUUGGUUGCAAAUUUUUUGCAUUGUUGUUUGAUGACAUUGAUCACAACAUGUGUGCAGCAGAUAAAGAAGUGUUCAGCUCCUUUGCCCAUGCUCAAGUUUCAAUCACCAAUGAAAUCUAUCAGUAUCUAGGAGAACCAGAAACAUUCCUCUUCUGCCCAACAGAAUAUUGUGGCACUUUCUGUUAUCCAAAUGUUUCUCAGUCUCCUUAUUUACGAACUGUAGGAGAAAAACUGCUACCUGCAAUUGAUGUACUAUGGACAGGUCCCAAAGUGGUAUCUAAAGAAAUUUCAGUGGAGUCUAUUGAAGAGGUUUCAAAAAUAAUUCGCAGAGCUCCUGUUAUCUGGGACAACAUUCACGCUAAUGACUAUGAUCAGAAAAGACUGUUCCUUGGGCCGUAUAAAGGCCGAUCAACGGAACUCAUCCCACGCUUAAAAGGGGUCCUGACCAAUCCGAAUUGUGAAUUUGAAGCUAAUUUUGUUGCAAUUCACACUCUUGCAACUUGGUACAAAUCCAACAUGAAUGGAGUGAGGAAAGAUGUUGUGAUGACUGACACUGAAGACAGUACAGUAUCAAUCCAGAUUAAACUGGAAAAUGAAGGAAGUGAUGAAGAUAUUGAAACAGAUGUUCUUUAUAGCCCACAGAUGGCUUUGAAGUUGUCAUUAACAGAAUGGCUGCAGGAAUUUGCAGUACCCCAUCAAUAUAGCAGUAGGCAAGUGGCCCACAGUGGAGCUAAAACAAGCGUUGUUGAUGUACCUCUAAUUGCACCAUCCUCUUUAAAUUCUACCACGGUGGUUACUACUGUUUAUCAGGAGCCCAUAAUGAGUCAAGGAGCCACACUAAGCAGCGAGUCACAGACUCUGGUGAAGGAGGAGGAAGAGAAGAAGCAGUUAGAUGAGGAGCCAAUGGACAUGGUGGUGGAAAAGCAAGAGGAUGCUGACAAGAAUAUCAGCCAAAUAUUGACUGACAUUGCUGAAGCAAAAAUGUCAGAGGAGUUAAAACCAAUGGAUACUGAUAAAGAGAGCAUAGCUGAAUCAAAAUCUCCAGAGAUGUCGAUGCAGGAUGACUGUGGUAGUGAUAUUGCACCAAUGCAGACAGAUGAGCAGAUUAACAAGGAGCAGUUUGUGCCCGGUCCCCAUGAGAAGCCAUUAUAUGCUAUUGAGCCAGUGACUCUAGAAGAUCUACAGUUACUUGCAGAUUUGUUCUAUCUGCCCUAUGAACAUGGACCUAAAGGGGCUCAAAUGUUGCGGGAAUUCCAGUGGCUUAGAGCAAAUAGCAGUGUUGUCAGUGUGAAUUGUAAAGGAAAGGAUUCUGAAAAAAUUGAAGAAUGGCGUGCUCGAGCAGCAAAGUUUGAAGAGAUGUGUAGCUUGGUGAUGGGAAUGUUCACUCGUCUUUCCAACUGUGCCAACCGGACAAUCCUUUAUGAUAUGUACUCAUAUGUCUGGGACAUCAAGAGCAUCAUGUCAAUGGUGAAAUCUUUUGUGCAAUGGCUAGGGUGUCGUAGUCAAUCUUCAGCACAGUUCUUAAGUGGAGACCAAGAACCCUGGGCCUUUAGAGGUGGUCUAGCAGGAGAGUUCCAGCGUUUGCUGCCUAUUGAAGGAGCAAAUGACCUCUUCUUUCAGCCCCCUCCUCUGACUCCUACUUCCAAAGUCUACACCAUCAGACCCUAUUUUCCUAAAGAUGAGGCAUCAGUGUACAAGAUUUGUAGAGAAAUGUAUGAUGAUGGAACUGAUCAGCCUUUUCACAGUCAACCAGACCUAAUUGGAGACAAGUUGGUAGGUGGCUUGCUUUCCCUCAGUCCAGAUUACUGCUUUGUUCUGGAAGAUGAAGAUGGCAUCUGUGGUUAUGCACUGGGUACUGUUGAUGUAACCCCUUUCAUUAAGAAAUGUAAAAUUGCCUGGAUUCCUUUCAUGCAGGAGAAAUAUAGCAAGCCAAGCGGCGAUAAGGAACUAUCAGAGGCGGAGAAAAUCAUGCUGAGCUUUCAUGAGGAGCAAGAAGUCCUGCCAGAAACAUUCCUUGCCAACUUCCCAUCACUGAUAAAGAUAGAUAUUCAUAAAAAAGUGACAGAUCCAAGUGUUGCUAAAAGCAUGAUGGCCUGUCUGCUGUCGUCUCUCAAGGCAAAUGGCUCCCGUGGGGCUUUCUGUGAGGUGAGACCAGAUGAUAAAAGAAUCCUGGAAUUUUACAGCAAGCUGGGAUGCUUUGAAAUAGCCAAAAUGGAAGGUUUUCCAAAAGAUGUUGUUAUCCUUGGAAGAAGUUUGUAAGAGAUUUUUUAGUGAACCUGUGAGACUGGAGCCAUCUAACGGUUGGAGAGUAGUGAGCCUGAGGUUUGUUAUUGUCUGCCCAUUCAAAGGCAGCAGUCAGCUGGCCUGACAGGAAAGAAUCACCCAUUACACUUUCUCAUAUGCUGCUCAAAACAGUUUCGAGAAUGGAUACUGGUCAUCGUUUCCUGGUCUUACACAAAGUGCCAAGGGAUACUGCGAAUGAUGUAGCUUCGGGAAAAGAUUCACACCAAUUCUCAAAGAAGGACUGGGGGCUCUUCCAUCUCUAUGCAGCAGAAUGGCCGUCUCCUCUGUAUUGUGAAGUGGGAUGCAAAAUGGAAGUGGGAUCUUGUAUAGAGAAACACAGGGUACCUGUGCAGGUCAUUUUAUGAAAGAUGAAUGAUAACUCAUGGUUUUGUUGGCUGUUUUGCUUAGUAGGGAAAUGGCCAUCACCUCUAAAGAAAAUGGGUUAAGCUUUGUGCUUUGUAGGGAUAAACUGUGCAUUUGUCUGUGGCAAAGUCACUCAGUGGCAGAAGUGUACAUUUCGGUGUGUAAAUAUAUAUAAACUUGCUGUAUGCUGACACUUUGUGUUUAAUUGUUUUGUACUUAUUUUGCUUUCCAAAGCAAAGCGGUAUUCUGAGACAGCACCUUUGAAUAAUUUCAAAAAACAGAGAGGCUGAAGCCCACAUUACUUCUGGUCUAUUCUGCUAUGUUUCAUGCCCUUUGUUAGAAUGCCAGUUUGAAUAAAAAGAGUGCUGAUCUAGAUGGGUCAAUCCUUUAGAGAAUGCAUUUUCAGAAAAUGGGUAGAUAUUGCUUCCUACCAAGGAAAAAAAACAACUUGUUGACAGUCACUUCAAUGAUAGCCAGUGAAUUGCUCACCCAUGAUGGUGGAUGGAAAAAUACUGUGACUCAUAGCUCCUCAUUCUUCCCUGUUCAGUCUGAUUAAAUCAGGGUCUUCAAGUCAUACAUAUUUGUGACAGACUUCUGGGGGGAAUAACAAAAAGCACAUUUUAUGUAUUAUUUGUUACCUAAUUUUAAUAUUACUGCCUGUUCCAAACAUUUAAGGUUUUUACUUCAGUCUGACAAACUGAAUCUGUAUGGCUAGGACUUGUAGGAAGGAUGUCGGAUGCACUAUUAUUGCCUUGUUCUAAGCAGGCUGUUAGCCAACAUAAUGCUUCAUUAUUUUCACCUAUUACAAUUAAUCACUUCUGGUUCCUUUGAAACUAUUUCUUUUUAGUAAGAAUGGAAAUUGCACUGAUCCUGUUUAAAAAAAAACAAUCUGAAAUUUCAUAUACCUUUUCAUAUGGCGGUUUACUGCCAUUUUAAUUUGUACCCAUUUCAUAGAAGCUGGUGUUUGGCCUUGGUUAUAGUUGCUUAUUGAUAUUUGAUUUUCACUGUGAAUUUUUAAAAGCAGAAAAGUUCAGCUGCAGCAAAUACAUUUCAUUUGAGGAGCAAAACAAUGAACAGAUGGACUUUCAUGAAUUUUUUUAUGGUUUUGAGUGAAUGCUAAGCAGCUAGCCACUUCAUUUAGUUUUGACUAGGCACAGUGCGUGUAUACAAUAGUUGGAUUUAUAACAAUUUUGUGGGGAGAGGGCAUCUGGCUUUUUAUACUGUUAACACAAACUGUUAUAAAUUUAUCACUGUUUUAAGUUACUUGUGUGAAUCUUGAAAGUUUGAGUCAGUUGCUUGUUCUGCGUGUGUAAAGUGUAGCACUGACACAACUUUCAGAGUUACAGUAUCAGUUUUCAUUGCAUACAGUUGGAAUGCCACUUUCAUGACUGUCUUUAGAUCUACUGUAUCUGUAGCAAAACAACGGACUGUAAAACUGUAUUUGGAGACCAUGUGAAAAAUAGAAUAAAUUGCAAAGUCAAUGUGAAGGCAUGUUUUGGUAUAAUGUUAGAGAAUGAGGAAAGUAAGUGGACAAGAAUACUCUUCCUGUUGUGUUUUAUAACUCUAAUGAAUGUGUGGUAGCAGUGGGUAGUUCAUAUUUUGGCUCCACUUUGCAGGUUUGGGUAUAGCAAAUUUGCCUCCUGUGUUCAUUUCUCUUGGGCAUACUGUUUUGUAAAUACAAUUAGUAACGGAAAGAAAAUGGAUGGGUGUUACUGAAGGCUUAUUUGAGUAGGUGUUUAUUCAUAUUCAGAAUUCACAAACAAUAUCUUCUGAUUUAAAAGAGAAUAGUAAUUCCAGGUAAUAAUGGCCCUUUACCACUAUAUGUGAUCAAGGCCACUUACGGCUCACAGCAGGAGUGUAUAACUUGUACCCCUCCAAAGCCCUAAGAAAAGCUCCAAGAAACCCACCAAUUAGUAAUUUUCAAUGUGGCAGAAUGGAAAGUGGGAGUAAUAAUGUUAUGUUUUUUUAAUUUAAUUAAAUUAAAUUAAAGUGAGUCCUACUUUUGUCUUGCUCCAAAUAAUGUGGACCCUUGUAUGCUGGUCAAAAGCUGACCACAGCUCUUUGUUGAAGAUUACAUCUCUUUGGCUGACAGUUCUAGAUAGCUGAAAGAAAAAGAAAGUGGUGGGGGGAACUAUGUAGGGACCUGAAUUUUAACAAUGGUACCAUCCUUUUGAUUCCAUUUUAGUGAUAUGUUUUCAAAUCCUCAGAUUCCAUAAUUAUUAGAUAUUUGUUCUAGAGAGAGAGAGGAAAAAAAACUUCAUUUAAUAUGUCUGGGUCUUUUUUUUUUUAAUUCACCCUAGAAUUAAGAAGCAUCUGUAGCAUGAUGAACAGAAUGCUUAAUGGUUAGAUCUUAUCAUGGGAUUAAAUUUCUAUUCAGAUAGUAAAAAUGUGUUACAUAUGAAUUAACAUAGUCAUGAUAUAUGUCAUUUUGGUACCAUUUCUAUCCUGCUGCAGUACAGUGGACAGUGUGAUAAACAAUAAGCUUUGCUAUGCAGGUCAGUUCAUUAGCUAUGCUGGUUGGGAAUUAUGGAAAUUGUAGCCUUAACACAUCUGGAUAAUAGAAGCUGACUUAGCCAAUUAAGGCAUCAAACUGAAAUUCCAGUUGCCUCCUUGUUUGGAUCCCAAGUGCGUCAGUUGCUCACUUUUCCAGAUUUAGCUGUAUAUAUAUCAUACUUUUUCUCUCUCAAUUUCAUACUGUUUGAACAGAAAACCAUUUCUUGUAGAAAAUUGCCUUCUUGGACUUUAUAAAGGUUGGAGAUAAGUACUAAUUGGGUUAUAUAAAAUUGAAACUGUCAACUGUU